GCUCAAGCCCUGGUAGCAUGAGCCGCCCCCAUUCUCGCACUGCCCGCCCGCGCGGACUUGGGGCGGGCCGUCCCCACCAGUCUCCCUCUUUCUUUUGCCUCGUAGCAUCUUUCUAAACCCAGCGCCAAGAUGGGUAAGACCCGUGGUAUGGGAGCCGGGCGCAAGCUCCGGGUGCACCGCCGUGAGGAGCGCUGGGCCGACAAGGACUACAACAAGAGCCAUCUGGGCUCUGAGUGGAAGAAGCCCUUCGCCGGCGCUUCGCACGCCAAGGGCAUUGUGCUGGAGAAGAUCGGCAUUGAGGCCAAGCAGCCCAACUCUGCCAUUCGCAAGUGCGCGCGUGUGCAGCUGAUCAAGAACGGCAAGAAGAUUGCCGCCUUCGUCCCCAUGGACGGUUGCCUGAACUUCAUCGAGGAGAACGAUGAGGUCCUGAUCGCCGGUUUCGGUCGCCGCGGCCACGCCGUGGGUGAUAUUCCCGGUGUCCGCUUCAAGGUGGUCAAGGUGUCGGGUGUGUCCCUGCUGGCGCUCUUCAAGGGCAAGAAGGAGAAGCCCCGCUCGUAAGGGCGAGGCCGCGUGCGCGAGCAGCGGCUGUCGCCCCCGGCUGCUGUAACGCGGGUGUGUGUCGGCGCUCUCCUUCCUCAUGCCGGGGUCUCUCUGGGUAUGGGCAUGGGAACAGCGCCACAGCGCAGCCUGCGCAUGUAACAGCAGCAGCUGGGGCGGCUGCUGGCAGCGCAGCUAGGCGACGUGAGCGUGGAUGAGCUACAGCUCGGCGCGCUCGGAGUUCGUAGAGCCGCAUUAGGAGACCGCGUGCUCCCGGGCGGGCUGCAUAGCACACUGCGUGGUACAGCAGCUGGGACAGCGGCGGCGGCAGGCAUGGCGUCGCUGUGCGGUGGAUGGCACCCCGGGUACUGAGGCAGAAGGCGGGUCAGUUAAACGGUGUUUCGGAAGGAUAAUGAGCCAGCAGUUGUAAUUGAUAUGCUGCUGCGUUAUGCAGCCCUGUCGGGCGGUGGUCCGGCCUCGCUGCUCGCGCGCGGUGUGCAACGCGCUUUGACUGGCUG